AUGUCUACAUAUAACAACGACGCUAGCUACAACUCUACUGGUCGCCAAGGAGCUCCUUCCAGUGCCGAUGACUCUUUCGCCAACACCACCGCUGGUUUCGGAAAUGGAAGUCGCAGUGACACUACUGAUACCAGAGGUCUUACCGGGACAGGUUCGACAUUCGAUGACCAGGAAUCUUCAGCAUACGGAGGAUCCUCCACUCAAGAGAGCCGUGGCUUUAAUACCGGAAACUCCGGAGGAUUGAGAGAUAAUGAGUUUGGCUCAAGCAACUCAAAGUAUGGAGGAGAUCUCGGUGACGAGCGUAAUAACUUUGGAACUGGUAGCAGUGAUCGAAGCUAUGGGGGAAACGCUGGUUCUGGAUUAGGUGGAAACACUUCCUCUGGCUUCGACAACACGUCGACCUCCCGUUCUGGCUACGGUGAUACCACCUCAUCCGGGCUCGGAGACUCGGGAAUAGGUGGAGCCACUGGCUCCGGCUAUGGAGACAAUACCUCUUCCGGGUAUGGUGAUAAAACCUCUUCAGGUUAUGGAGAUAAUACCUCUUCAGGCUUUGGAGACAAUACCUCUUCCGGAUAUGGUGACAACACUUCUUCAGGCUACGGUGAUAACACCUCUUCAGGCUUUAGUGACAAGACUUCUGGUUACCGAGACACAUCCAGCGGCAUCGGUGGAAACACUGACUCCUACGAGACCAACAAAGCCAGAUCUGGUAACACUUAUGGCUCAGAUGAUCAAUACUCCUCUGGUAACACUGGUUCGAGUGGCUAUGACAAUACUAGCUCUAAUAACACUGGCAAAUCUGGCGAUUCUACCAUGGGCAAGAUAAUGGAAAAGGCAGGAGGCAUGCUACAUAAGGAGAGUUUGGUUCAGAAAGGCGCGGAGAAGCGUGCCGCUGCUGGGAAUGACAAUUACUAA